UAGACGAGUCUCUCAAAAGAUAAAAUUGAGAUGUAUCUCCUACUCCUUAGUCGACACGCGAUGAGCUGCACGAGGAAAAGCCUUGAAUAUCAAACAGAGUUAAUAGUUGUAUCCAGCUCAUAAGCAUUUUCUUCAACACAUAAAGAUGGGCGGUGGAGGCAAGAAGCCUUCUGUGGGGCAAAAGCCCCCGAUGAAGGAAGUUCGGAAAGCAGGUGACGCAACGAAGAAACCAGCGAAGGACGACAAGAGAGACUCAUCUCGGUCAAAGACAACAAAUGAAAAGCAGCAUACGAAUAAGUCGCCAGCUAAGAGAAUAGAGGACAAAACUACAAGUAUGAAAAAGAUGAAGGAAACUACAAGUACAAGUUUAUCUGGUUCUUCCUUUAGUACAAAAGAUACAACCGCUGCUAAUACAAAUCUGAAGAAGAAAGAGCAGCAGAAAACCAACACUACCACUACGAGUAAUGAAUCACCCUAUAAGAAGAUGAAUAGCAUGAAAACGACAACGACCACAACGACGUCAUCUAUAUCCGCGAUGAGGAGCAAGCAAGGGGAAAGGGCUUCAUCCUCUGCAAGCGGUAAAACGGGUAUGAAGCCCUUAGGAAAUCAUGCAGUACCAUCAUCCACCUCUGCACUCGUCAGUGGAUCUACUGUUUUGAAGAAACAAGUAGCUCCUACUCCUACUUCGAGAGAUAAAGAUCCUAAUAAAACUUCGCCAACUAGUCGUAAUCAGAAAGAUAUGACACCAAAGGUGGACGAAGAGAUCAAGAGAGCUAGUUCUAGUACUAGUUCAUCUUCGUCUAUCCUUGAACUCGAUGAAAACAGGCCAAAAAUAAAAAAGAGUGGUGCGGCCGCUUAUGCGAGUGAGUGUGUCAAGAUGCUCCUUGGCGGAGAGUACCGCGACCCGGCAAAAAAUGAUACAUCAAUCUUAGGGGCAGUUUUUUCAUCUUCGGAAGCAUCUUCUCGAGGCCACAGGGCUAGUAUUUGCAUUCAAGGGUAAAGUUUGUAAACAAUUACUCUAUGUAAAAUAAAUAAACAAUCUAUAAACAGAAACAAUCUAUUAAACAAGGGUUGACUCAAAUUCAAUCUGUAAACAAGUUCUGAAACCAAUUCAAGUUCUGAGAUGCAUGCUUCUCAAGAUGGAAUGCAAUGUGGUUUCUCUAAUUUCUGUCGACAGCUGUCCGCCAGAAUACUGGGAAGCUCUCUUCACUGGUACUGUUGCGUCGAAAGAGGAUGAGCACGAGCAAAAGCUCAAAGAGGAUGAGCCGAAUGAGCACAUUAGUAAGGAUGGCGACGAAAAGCUAACGCGGCGUGCCGCGGUGUUGAUCCUGUGUCAGCUUCUCCAAGGAGGUUUGGACAGAGCACUUCUCUUAAGAUGAGAGCAAAUGAAGUAGAACCAAUAGGACACAAUUGAUGUGGACCCAACACUUUUCUUAGGGUGAGAGCAAAUGCUUGAUCAUAAUCAAAUGCAAGCUAGAUCUAAGCGCAUCGACUGAAUUAAAAAGCACAUGGAAAAGUGCAGAAAGAAGGUAAAGAAAGAAUGAGCUAACUCAAAGAAGACAAAUCUCCAUCUUGUUUCCUUUUUCGUCUCUUGUUUGCUUCUUUCUUAUGCAUCCUAACUAAGUCUUGAACUCGUGCCUCAUGCUAGGUAAAUGAAUGAAUGAGAUAGAUGUGGACGCAGUACUUCUACUCUAUGAAGUACUAAAUCCCACAAGCUACUGAUCCACACGUUAAUAAUCGUUUGUGUCUUAUUUUUAUUAACGUGGAAGCGAAUGGGAAUGGAAAUGCAAAUGAAGUAAAUGAAGACGAGAGCCACGGAGUUUCUAGAGUGAGAAGCACACGACCGAAUAUAUAAGAUGAGAAGUCUGAAGAAAGCUUGUCGUUGUGAGAUUCUGACUUGCUCGCACGAUGAAGUGGCUUCCUUUCAGAAGUAGUCCUAGUCGUAUAUAAUGCUGACGAUCUAUGAGGACAUGCAUCAUGUGAAAGCUUUCCUGGCGCAACCACAAGUCUUCGCUCAAGGCUUCAACAGUUCGUUGUAUAUGUACUAUUUCUAGGUAGCAUUCUAAACUUUAGUGACGCGAUGCGACUGUCUCUGGAUGAUAUCGACACCAAGAAGAUCUUCCGCUGCGCCCACGAGUACAAAAGGGACGGGCAACUCACUCUUCAGGACAUUUUACAUGAAUUCUACGCGAGGCGGUCGCUGUCAGCGAUCACGGAAAAUUACCAUAAGCUACUGACUCGGACUCGGUCGUCCAAAAGUUAAGGAAAUAAUAGUGCUAGAAUGAAGAAUUUGGUUCAUAUGUGUCAGGCGCAUCCCCUCCUUCAUCGACAAGUAGACCGACCAUCCACUUCCUUGGAGUGCCUCUAAAACUUUACAUUAGAAGUAGAAAACGAGCUGUUGAGUAUCAAGAACCUGAGGCACGUUUUUGGUAGGGUAACAGCACCUUGUUAAAGGUCGUGACACUUUUGGGUCAUGCUUAGAGUAGCUGACGCUUCUUCUGAAGAGGGUAGUCUUUCUCUGAAGGUAGUCUAGUUGUACUAGCUGACCUGACUUCUUCUAGACUUAGUCUAGCUGACGCCUCUUCUGAAGUUCUUUAUCUUCUGAUCAGAUCCCAAAAAUCUAAACUAUAUCGCUGGAUGCAGAUGCGGAAAGGAGGAAAAAAGACCCUUUUGAUGCGAUGCUAUCGAAUAGCGAGAUGAAGCAGCUAGUUUUCAACGAGCAUCUGGAGCGUCCUGGGAGAGACACCGACGACGUUAUUCUUGUUAUGAAAAGCAACAAGUAGAAGAAUUCGAUACAACGACCGACACUACAAGCCGCUUUUUGUGCUAAGUGAUUUAGCUCUAGUUCGAUUACCAAUACCACCUCCUGCCUUCAUAUUCUAGUCGAUCGUUGCGGUACUGAAAGGAAACUCGGUCGAAGUUGAAGUUCUGCAUCCGGCGGGCUCGGACGAUUUUCAGGAGUCGUUUUUGCGUUCAAACUUUCCCAAAGCGCUUGAAUUACAGGAGAAAGUUUUGGAGCCAGAGCCAGUGUCGACAAGUACACCUUUUUGAAUUCCCUUUCUUUAAUAGAUCUGAAAGUACAAGUAAUCUUGAAAUAAGCGACUAGCUAAUGGAAAUAAAAGCGUCGCUACUUCGUAACAUAGCUCGGCUAUUCUAAGUAGUCACUCGCUUAUUUCAGUUUAUCGAUUAGUUCACUGCAUGUGGUUGCGUUGUAAUGUUAAAUGUGCAUAAAUCAAGUAGCAGCUGUACUUCUUCUACAAGCGCUUUACAACAACUUGCUUCCUCCAUCACAACAUAGAAUCGCCAAAGCAGGUUCAUCUCUCGAUACAGCGGCAAAUAAAUCAUCGCAACAUCGGCCACGACGAGGCUAUCUCUCACUAUCUCUGUACGAAUUGCGGCGAUCUCUGGUCAGAUUCUUCACGAGCCUCACUGUGCCAAGGGAACUAGCAAGGAAGAAGCUCAUCGAGUCGACCAUCUUAUGUUCUUCGGAGGACCUUUCAGCUUUCGCAGUCUUCGCCCCCCUUCGACUUAGACUUUGACAACGCCACUUGUUGCUUCCUUGUUCGGUAGUGCUCGUGUUUGACUGUAGAUGUAGAAGAACUGUAGCAAUUAUUAAAUCUGCAGUACUAGUAAAGUUUGCUGCAAUGCAGCCUGUCAUGCCUCUAUUUGUGUGUUAUUUAGCGUUUCUUCUAGUAUCCUUAUCCAGCUCGGAAAAUAAUCAAAAUGUGGAGAAUGUUUGUGAGCACUAGGACUGUUUAUCUUCACCCUUAAGGUGAUGCGUUUCUUAUAUAAUUCCCGGCCUGUUUCAUUGGUGCAAAUCGUGAAGGUUUUGCAUGAUUCUCAUGCGGUUGCAAAGUUGUCAAAUGUGUGGACCUUCUUGCUCAUAAGGAACGCGAUAAGGAUCCACAUCAUUGGCGUGGCAUUUCAGUGCUGCGAUCUUUGUCACCAUAGGACUGCAAACGCAAUGAUUUCCAUCACGUUCAUGCUGAUGAUCUUCAUACUCAUACGACUACGAUCAUCAUCUUCGUCGUCUUCUUGUUUUUUUAUUAUUUGCGGAACAGGGGAACUGGAUCAUAUCCCCCCCUUACUCCAUCUAAUGAGUGACGCGUAGACUACAAUGAUAACGCAUGACUUGCGUCUCUAGUAUAGACUCUCAGCGGAAAACCUUCAGUAGGAUGCACUGGGAGAAUCGUGCCCAUAUGGAUCGCACCGCUGAAGGGGCUGCGCCCCUGGUGGUGGAUGCCGCAGCGCCUCUGCCCUUCCACGUGAUUUCUGGCGCGAGGAUGUGCCGCAUAGCACCGGAGCACCUUGCGCGUGGUGUGUGUGUGUGUGUGUGUGUGUGUGUGUGUGUGUGUGUGUUUGUAGCGUCGGCGGCCCACCUCCGUUGCGGCCAGAGGCGUGUCGCUGGCCCUCUCCAAUUUCUCGCGUCUCCCCUGGGCGCUCAGGUUCAGGCACUGCUCCCGGAGCUAGGUCCGCGGAGAGGUGGAAGCGAGUCGCGCUGGGGCGCCCAGGCUUGGAUUCCUUGGCUGAUGCGAUGGGUAUGGCAAUUUUUAUGCCAUUGCGAGCGCCCUCGCGCAUGCGCUUUUCCUGCUUGUGGGGCACGAGAGGUUGGAGCUGCAGAGGGCCUCAGGCACCAGUCUCAGGACCCGGAAAAGGCUGGCGUCUGCGUCAGACGCCAGGAUUCUCGAGCGCCAAAGAAUUUCUGAGACCUGGCAAAAGUCUGGCGUCUGCGUCAGACGCCAGGACUUUCCCGGUACGGCUACCGACCCAGUGCACCCCACUGGGCCGGUGCCCGUACCCGUAAAACACCUGGCGUCUGACGCAGACGCCAGACCUUUGCCAAGUCUCACCAGAACGAAGUUGUGAGGCGUGGCGCGAAAGUCCGAGCGUCUGCCGCACAGCUAAGCUCUCGGGGGCACGAUGAAACUGCGACUACGCACUGCGGAGCCUGUCGUGGCGCUAUCUGUAGCUUCGUCUACAGGUCCGUAGUUGGACGCAUCGGCCGGCGGUCCCUGCAGCCGUGCUUUUGACUCUGGGGGUGGGUGGGGUUCACCUGGCAGGCUCGCGUGGCAGCUCUUCGGCCUCUUGCUCUCCAGGGUGUCUGGCCGUGCCUUCUCGUUGGAGUCACAGUUGGUGCGCUGAUGGGGCUUGUCGUUGUUUGCCUGGGCGGCCGGACUGUCUGGUGUCCGUGCGUGGUCAUUGGUGCAAAUCGUGAAGGUUUUGCAUGAUUCUCAUGCGGUUGCAAAGUUGUCAAAUGUGUGGGCCUUCUUGUUCAUAAGUAACACGAUAAGGAUCCACAUCAUUGGCGUGGCAUUUCAGUGCUGUGAUCUUUGUCACCAUGGGACUGCAAUGAUUUCCAUCGCGUUCAUGUUGAUGAUCUUCAUACUCAUACGACUACGAUCAUCAUCUUCCUCCUCUUCUUAUUCUUUGACUAUUUGCGGAACAGGAAAACUGGAUCAAAGAAGUUGAAGCAUUUACGGUUUGAAGAGGCCACUCUCACUGGCAAGUCCUUCGGGUACCCUAAACUGGAUGACGAUGACACGACCGGAGCAGGCAGGAGCACUGGGCCGCAAGCUGCGCGAGGAGGGUCUUCAAAAAUUAAGGCUGUACAAGGAGUCUCCCAUUUAUUUUCAGAGGCAUCUAUCCCGUUUGUAAAGGUAACAAAAGGGGACCCAAGAUACUGCUGCAAUUGGAUUUCCCUUAGUUCUAAAAAUAAAGCGAACGUGGAACCGGAAGCAGUUGAUGCAAACGAAAAGGUACAUUCAUAUUUCAUGAUAUUUUGAUACAUUUUUACCUCUACAAACUUUAUCCCGUGCAACAAACAACUCAUAAUAUUUUGAUAACUUAGAUCCAAAGGGACGCUCAUCCUUGACUUGAUGGACGAUAGUAGCGGCUGCGUCCGCAGCAGUUUCAUCCUCAUUCUGUAACUUUGCUUGUUUUAUUUGUUGCUUGUCGAAGUCCACCCGCACUCGUCCUCUUUCAUGUCAUUUUAGUAGUGAGUCUGUUGUAAGUAAGUAAUAUUUACAUCGUUGAGUAGUUGUGCGUUCUUUUGCACUGUUCUCUCCGCUUCAAAGCUUACUUACUCUGUACUGCGUAGUGACGUACAUGUAUCAAGUUCGAGGAGCAUAGACUGACACAAAAAACUUAUUUUGAAAACAGGACGGCAACGGCAUCGGCAAGAGCGAUCUCGAAACUCCGGUGCCUGGUUCUGCAUCUAAAAAGACGAGACUGGUCCUACCUACGGCUGAAGUUGUCGAAGGAGGCAAAGACCUACAACGAACAGGAAGCGGCGAUCAAAGUCACAGCACUCUCAACAAAAUAAUUAAGGUCUCUUUCCACAUUUUCACUGCAUCCCCCACUACCAUCUUCUUCUUCCCUGACCUACAUUCUAAUAGAGAAAAAUAAGGUCAGGGACGAUAUUCUGAGGAAUGCAAGUACUAAUUCUGCAACCUGCUCUAAAAUAAACCCACCUCCUGGACAUGAGAAGGAGACCUUGGUGAUCUUAGAUCGUGAUCUUGAGGAAGUGGAUGUGGAAAAAGAAGGAGAACUACAAUUAAGGGUCGGCUAAGCACAGUGUUCUUUCUGUUGCCGUUUGUUUUCUUGCCUUUCUACUUAAGGGAGACCACAGGCACAAAAAGAAACGAAACGAUACAGAAACACCAAAUGAUAAUAAAACCCACUUUCUUAUCUCUAAAAGCAGUAGCACAUCAAGGCGAAAUGACGGCCACAGCUAUUUUUACAGAUCGACGCAGAAGCAGCGACAAGAUGAAUACCGUAUCAGAGCAAGGAGCGGCUGUGGGAGGAGGAGGCGAGAAAAAAAGACGAAUAGAGGCCUUAGAAGCAGCGACUUCGAAGGAACCUGACCUACCACGGGGCCCUACAGCUUCCUUUAAGGCUAUAGCUCAAAUUGUUCAUCUUAGGAGGCAUGCAUCUUUGGCCCCUCCUAACUGUAGUUAAGGGAAAAACCCCAUGCCAAAGAUGAAUAGAGGCAAGGUCUAACUCUUCUUCUUCAACAACUAGUACGGGACUGCUGGGAGCUUCUUCUUCUUCUUCUUCAACAACAGCAGGAGCACUACUGAGUGCUGGAGCUCAACCUCCACAGAAUAAAAUGACAUCAACAACUAGUACGGGACUGCUGGGCGCUUCUUCUUCUUCUUCUUCAACAGCAGGAGCACUACUGAGUGCUGGAGCUCAACCUCCACAGAAUAAAACGACAACUACAACAACAGCUAGUACGGGACUGCUGGGAGCUUCUUCUUCUUCUUCAA